AUGGACACCGCAAUGCAGGACGAUUUCAGCACCUUUGACCUGGGCGACUUCACCCUCGCCUCCGGGGCGACCAUCCCCAACGCGUACAUCGCCUACAAGACGUACGGCGACAAGGCCAACCCCGCCAUCAUCUACCCGAGCUGGUUCAGCGGCCGCAUCGCCGACAACGAGUGGCUCAUCGGCGCCGGCAAGGCGCUCGACCCCGCCAAGUACUACAUCAUCGUGCCCGCCCUCAUCGGCAACGGCCAGUCCGUCAGCCCCUCCAACACCCGCACGCGCCGCGCGGGCGCCAAGUUCCCGGACGUCACCGCCCGCGACAACGUCACCGCGCAGCACCGCCUGGUGACCGUCGGGCUCGGCGUCGCGCGCGCCCGCCUGGUGCUCGGCUGGAGCAUGGGCGCCUGCCAGACCUACCAGUGGCUCACGCAGUUCCCGGACUUUAUGGACCUGGGCGUGCCGUUCUGCGGUAGCGCGCGCGCGGCGCUGCACAACCAGGUGUUCCUCGAGGGCGUCAAGAGCGCGGUGCUGGCGGCGAAGCGCGGUGCGAGCGCCGGCAGCGCCGGCGGCGAGGUCGCGCGGGCCGGCACCGCCGGGGGCUACGCGCUGUGGACGGAGGAGGAGCGCGAGGCGGGCAUGAAGGCGCUCGGCCGCGUGUAUGCCGGCUGGGGCUUCAGCCAGCAGUUCUACCGGGAGCGGCUGUACGAGACGAAGCUCGGCUUCAAGGACCUCGAGGACUUCAUGGUCAACUUUUGGGAGUCGUGGGCGCUAUCCAAGGAUCCGGAAAACAUGCUUCACAUGCUGCACACCUGGCAGGCUGCCGACUGCUCCGACCAGCCGCCGUAUGACAAGGACUUUGAAAAGGCCAUGGCCGGCAUCAAGGCCAAGACGCUCGUCCUCCCCGGAAAGACGGACCUGUACUUCCCCCCGGAAGAUUCCGAGUACGAGGUCAAGUGCAUGACCGAAGGCAGGGGAAAGUGUAUUCCCUUUCCCUCCAUCUGGGGACAUUGGGCUGGCGGUCCGGGAACGAACCCGGAGGACGUCAAAUGGCUUGACGACAAGCUCAAGGCGUUCCUGAAAGACGAGUCCUGGUGA